AGUAAAAGACAGUGUGAAAGAGAGAGAGAGUCAGCUACCAAGCACACUCUUACUGUACUGAUUAGCUAGGAGCCCUUCAGACUGAAGGCAUUAGCUCCUUUUGCCUAAAACCAAGCAGCUCACUACUCUUUACCUUCACCCCCCCCAAAAAAAAGACCCUUCAAUCCUACAACACCUGGAUUUCUAGACAGCAACUGCAGAAGAAAAACUUUCCAAAGCUGCAGGGCUGCAGAACCCUGCGAUCCCCUCACACCCGGCAAACAUUCUGAGCUCCUAGAAAAGAGGGGGCGUCUGUCAUCCAAAAGAGGGACUGUUCCUCAAGAAGAGGGGCAGUUGAUCCAAACAUGGCUCUUUUUAGGACCGGGUCUUGUCCCACAUUGCCCUUCCUCGCCUGCCUUUGGUUCAUUUCCAGUGUGCCUCACAUGGCCGGUGCCCAGGCACCUUCUGGGUGUGGACAGGACUUAAAUCCCCUGUAUUAUUACCUCUGCGACCUGUCAGCUGCAUGGGGCAUUGUACUCGAAGCUAUUACCAGCGCUGGCAUUGUGUCAUCUUUUGUCCUCAUCAUAGUCUUGGCAGCAAGCACACCCUUCAUCCAAGAUGUAAGGAAGAAAAGUAUACUCGGAACUCAACUUUUCUUCCUUUUUGGAACCUUGGGACUCUUCUGCCUGGUGUUUGACAUGAUUGUCAAAAAGGACUUUGCAACUUGUGCCUCCCGAAGGUUCCUUUUUGGGCUAUUGUUUGCCAUCUGCUUCUCAUGCUUGUGGGCACAUGGAAUCAACCUAAAUUACUUGGUGAGGAAGAACACAGGAAUUCGAGGCUGGGUGGUGUUUGGGAUAGCUGUGGUUCUGACACUGGUGGAGGUUAUCAUCAAUACAGAGUGGCUCAUCAUCACCAUCGUCCGGUCAGGCAAUGCCCCAGUAGACCCAUGUGCCAUUCAGAAUGAAGAUUUUGUCAUGGCACUGAUCUACGUAAUGUUCCUCAUCCUCGCAGGAUUUGUGACUGCCUGGCCAGCCUUAUGUGGCCGAUACGGUUACUGGAGAAAACAUGGCAUCUUCAUCUUGCUCACCCUCUUCAUGUCCAUCUGUAUUUGGAUAGUGUGGAUUGUUAUGUACGUGUAUGGGAAUCCCAUUGUUGGAAACCCUACCUACUGGGAUGACCCCACACUUGCCAUUGCUCUUGUCUCGAACGCUUGGGCGUUUAUUUUAUUAUACAUUAUCCCAGAGAUCUCCCAGCUGACCAAGCCGAAUCUGGAGCAGACAUUUGAGGACGAUGCACCAAGGGGAGUUGGUUAUGAAACCAUCCUGAAAGAGCAGAACACUCAGAGAAUGUAUAUGGAGAACAAAGCCUUCUCCAUGGAUGAGCCACCCUCGGCAGCCAAGCGGGUUGUGUCUCCAUACAAUGGAUACGACGGACAAGUAAGAAACAGCAUUUUCCAGCCGACGGAAAUGACUCUAAUUAAGAACAUGCCAGAUGUUCCCUAUGAUGUCAUAAUUCCCCGGGCCACGGCCAACACUCAUCCAGCUGCAACGAUACGGGCAGACGAUGCCUACAAUGCACAAAGUCGACAAAACGCAAACAACUCAUCCAAUGAUACACAGACUCACUCACCAUACAAACAAUGGUAAAAUCCCACCGCUGCCACCAACUAUGGGAUCCGCAAUGGACUUCUCCUUUCUUCUUCUAUACAGAUGGACCUGGGAAGGAAGCUAAAGCUAUGGGGACUUCCACGCUCAGUUACUGAACUCACAUAAGAAGACUUCUACCAGAAAACCGUAAAGAGGAUAGCCUUCCAUGUUGGAUUUUAUAAUAAAGAUUCACAUAACGAAUAUGCACGGAGCCCACAUAACAUUCAGACUAUCUUAUGUUUCUUCGACCCGCAGUUAUAAGGAACAAGUCAAUAACACAACAUGCUGUCAGCCUCUUGUAGGCUCAUGUUUAUUGAUAAGAGGUCUUUCCCACGUUACAUUUUUUUUUCAGUUUUAUGCUUUCUUUGCACAGGAAUUUCUAAAAACGACGUCUUUUCUGUCUUUAGGGCUAAACGCUGCUACCAAAGCCCGAGUGCCUUUAACACAAAUCAUAACUAUUAUAAAAGUCCAUUUAUUUCACCUAUACACUAAUCACCACCCCUCUCUACCUGUUUGAAAUUAAAGUGAUGUAAAUGUAUAUAUUUUUUUUGUGUAUAUUUAACUGACAUAGCAUUCUGUAUGAAGGGAUAAGUGUUGUUUUUACAAUAUGGCAUGUUUGAUUCUUGUAUGAGUGAGCUGGUGUUUAAAUUCACAUGAUCUAUCUGCCCCUGCCCCUUAUCAAAAUGUGGCAACCAUCUCUUCAGGGACUAGGUAGCCUCUAGCCCUAGGAGACCUUAUCUUUCUUAGCAGAUGUACCAUUAGGUAUGAUGAAUGCUGGGAGGCGAAGUCCGGGACAGACAAGAUGCCCUGGGUACUUAUGCCUACUAACGAGAUACACCUUGGGGCUGAAAAACAUGUUCUAUUUAAUUGGCCCCGAAAAGCCUGUGCAAUUUUGUACACUCCAGAUGUGUCUUGUGGCUGGUCAUGAUCAACUUUGUCGUCAAUAAUAAUAAAACUUUUAUUUAAAUUA